ACUCUCUGUUCACACCGAAAGCCAUUCGUUGUGUGUUUUUGUGGUAUUUCUUCAGUUUUACGACACUUUUUCUCAACAAAUAUAUAGUUUCCUAUGAAAUGGGAGACACAACUAUGUUAGCCUUGUGGUUCGUUGAGGUGUCGUUCGCCGAAACCGUGAAGAGUUCUGCGCCCGUCUUCACAGUACUCAUCGCACGAGUAGUUUUAGGCGAAAAGACAUCCCUUUUAGUCAAUCUAUCAUUGAUUCCUGUGAUGAGUGGUCUCGCACUCUGUUCCGCGUUUGAACUC